AUGUACAUCAAAUCAAUCAUCCUCGACGGAUUCAAAUCGUACGGCCGCCGCACGGAGGUGCAAGGAUUCGAUCCCGAGUUUAACGCGAUCACGGGUCUUAAUGGGACCGGCAAAUCCAACAUCCUCGACUCGAUCUGCUUCGUGCUCGGCAUUACCCGACUUGACCGGGUGCGUGCCGUUUCGCUGCAGGAUCUGGUGUACAAAAGUGGCCAAGCCGGCGUUACCAGGGCAACGGUGACGCUGGUGUUCGACAACUCCGACCAGAACCAGUGUCCGAUCGGGUUCGAGAACUGCAAUGAGAUCGCGAUCACGCGCCAGAUCAUGGUGGGCGGCAAGAACAAGUAUCUCAUCAACGGCAAAUCGGUGCAGAACAAGCGCGUCCAGGACCUGUUCUGCUCGGUGCAGCUGAACGUGAACAACCCGAACUUCCUGAUCAUGCAGGGGCGCGUCACGACGGUGCUGAACAUGAAGCCGCCCGAGAUUAUGUCCAUGAUCGAGGAGGCGGCCGGCACGAGCAUGUACGAGUCGAAGCGCGAGUCGGCCGUGAAGCUGAUCGAGAAGAAGCAGGCCAAGCUGAACGAGCUGUACGCCGUGAUCCGGGAGGAGAUCGAGCCGAAGCUGGAGAAGCUGAAGCGCGAACGGGAGCACUACCUCGAGUUCCAGAAGGUGUGCCGGGACAUCGAGUAUCUGACACGGUUGUACGUGUCCUACCGCUACCUGCAGCUGUGCAAGGGCGUGGAGCAGUCGGAGAAAACGAUCUCCUCGCUGCAGGCGGUCAUCGACCGGGACGAGGCGCAGAUCGGGAGCAAUUGCACCACGGCCGAGCAGCUUGAGGCGGACGCAAAGGCGCUCCAGGCGCGCAUCGACUCCGAGGGUGGCGGUGUGCUGAGCGACCUGGAGGAACAGCUGGCGGCCGAAAGUAAACGGGAGGCGACCGUGUCCGCCGACCGGAACACGACCAAGGACACGAUCGGGGUGGAGCAGCGCAAGCUGAAGAAUCUCUUCAAAAGCAUCACCGACGACGAGCAGGCACUGCGGGGCAAGGAAACGGAGAUGGAGCGGCGCGGGGCCACCUUCCAGACGCUGAAGGAUGCGUGCGAAGCGGACGCCGACGCGUUUGCCGCGGCCCAGAAACGCUUCGAAGCCGUGUCGGCCGGAUUGUCGACGAACGAGGACGGUGAGGCGGCGACGCUGCAGGAUCAGCUGAUGGACGCGAAACAAAAGUCAUCGGAAGCGGCCACGGCCAUCAAGCAGUCGGAGAUGGAACUGAAGCACUCGCAGAAGCUGCUGCGGGAGAAGCAGGGCAACAUGAACAACAGCGACGCGGCCUAUCUGGAGGACAAGCGGAAACUCACGAAGUGCGAAGGUCAAAUCGGGCAGAUGGAGCGCGAGCUGGCGUCGACGGGGUACGAGGAGGGCACGAUGGAGAACCUGACCGGGCGGAGGCAAGCGCUGCAGGGCGAGAUUCGAAACCUGCGCUCGGAACUGGACCGACGGAAUGCGCACCGGUGGGAGCUGCAGUACCGCGAUCCGGAGCCCGGGUUCGAUCGAAGCUCCGUCAAGGGAAUGGUGGCGAAACUGGUGACCGUGAAGGACCCAAAGUACGCCCAGGCCCUGGGGACCGUGGCCGGCGGCAACCUGUACUCGGUCAUCACCGAUACGGACACGACGAGCAAGAAACUGCUGCAGAAGGGCCAGCUGCAGACGCGCACCACCAUGAUUCCGCUGAACAAAAUCAGCAGCCGGCAGAUCGACCCGUCGGUGGCACGGUUCGCGGAGGAACUGGUCGGACGGGAGAACGACCAGAUGAACUCGCAGAGCAAGGAACUGAAGGGCAAGUACGUCCAGCGGGACCGGCUGCUGAAGCAGAACGACGAGCUGCGGCUGGAGAUGAAGAAGAAGGAGAACGAAAUCACGAAGGUGCGCACGGAGAACGCGGACGUUUACGAUCGGAUCAGCGGGAUGGAGCAGCAGUACACCUGGAUCCCGGAGGACAAGGAGUUCUUCGGGGUGAAGAACACGCGCUACGACUACCACAAGGAGGACCCGCAGGAGGCGGGCCGCAAGCUGAAGAAGCUGCAGGACACGAAGGACAAGAUGGGCCGCAACGUGAACCAGAAGGCGAUGGUGUUGUUGGAGCGCGAAGAGGAGCAGUACGCGGAGGUGAUGCGCCGCAAGAAGGUGGUCGAGGACGACAAAAAGAAGAUCCAGGAGAUCAUCACCGAUCUGGACGAGAAGAAGAAGAAAAGCCUGAAGGUGGCCUGGAGCCAGGUGGACGCGAACUUUGGCAGCAUCUUCAGCUCGCUGCUGCCGGGCGUCCAGGCCAAGCUGGUGCCCCCGGACGGGGUCGACUUCAUGAAGGGUCUCGAGGUGAAGGUCGGCUUCAACGGUAUGUGGAAGGAAUCGUUGACCGAGCUGAGCGGUGGGCAGCGAUCGCUGGUGGCCCUCUCGCUGAUUCUGGCCAUGCUCAAGUACAAACCGGCCCCGCUCUACAUUCUGGACGAGGUGGACUCGGCGCUCGAUCUGUCGCACACGCAAAACAUUGGCAACAUGCUGCGGGCGCACUUUACCAACUCGCAGUUCAUCAUCGUGUCGCUGAAGGACGGCAUGUUCAACAAUGCCAACGUGCUGUUCCGGACCCGGUUCAUCGACGGUAUGUCCACCGUGAUGCGGACGGUCAACAUGGCGAACCGGCAACGGCCGGCCCCCGGAAUCCGGUACUAG